AUGCCCCCCCUCGCCCCCCUCGCCCCCCUCGCCCCCCCCGCAAUCCGCAGCAAAAUCGACCUCCUCAUCACGAACCUCAUCAACAUCCACGACCCGACCGGCGAAUUCCUCCUCCACCUCCCCGACGGGCGGAUCAUCGACACCAAAUCCUGGCACGGGUGGGAAUGGACGCACGGGGUGGGCCUCUACGGGAUCUGGAAAUACUACGAGCUCACCGGGUCCGCCACGCACCUGCGCAUCAUCCAGGACUGGUUCGCGGCGCGGUUCGCCGAGGGCGGCACGACCAAGAACAUCAACACGAUGGCCGUGUUCCUGUCGCUGGCGCACCUCUACGAGACCACGCGCGACGUCACCUACCUGCCCUGGCUGGACGCCUGGGCCGAGUGGGCGAUGCACGAGCUGCCGCGCACGCGCCACGGCGGCCUGCAGCACAUCACCUACCUGACCGAGAACCGCGGGCAGCUGUGGGACGACACGCUGAUGAUGACCGUCCUGCCGCUCGCCAAGAUCGGGCGGCUGCUGGGCCGCCCCGCGUAUGUGGCCGAGGCCAAGCGCCAGUGCUUGCUGCAUGUCCAGUAUCUGUUUGAUGCGCGGACGGGGCUGUUUUUCCAUGGGUGGCAGUUUGCCACCGCAACCGACGGAAACGACGAGAACGACGACGCACAGGUGGGGGGCCAUCAUUUCGCCGAGGCGCGCUGGGCGAGAGGGAAUAGCUGGAUUACCAUGGUGAUUCCCGAGAUUGUCGAGUUGCUGGAGCUCGAGGAGCAUGACCCGAUUCGUGUGCAUCUGCUGAGCGUGCUGGAGGCGCAGUGCGCGGCCCUCCGGAGGUUGCAGGAGGCGGACGGAUUCUGGCAUACGUUGCUGGAUCAUAAGGAUUCCUACGUCGAGGCUUCGGCGACGGCUGGCUUCGCGUACGGGAUUCUCAAGGCCGUGCGGAAGAGGUAUCUCGGGCAGGAGUACCGCGAGAUGGCGGAGCGCGCGAUCCAGGCCGUGGUUGGGGCGGUGGAUGCGCAGGGCGAGCUCCAGAAUACCAGCUUUGGCACCGGGAUGGGCGACAGUCUGCAGUUCUACAAGGAGAUCCCCCGCACGGCGAUGCCGUACGGGCAGGCGAUGGCGAUCAUGGCGUUGGGGGAGUAUCUGCGGGGGAUUUCGUAUUAG